GCUGAAUUAGUACGCUCAUUUUGUUUACAGCAGCCUCGCAUCGUGCCUCGCACAUCGUGGCACGCAUGGCGAGCGCUCCGGACGGCGAUGAAAUCCUCUCAUCGUUGCCAUACCAAGUGCUGUUGGUGUUUGGCGGUUGGUUCUAUGUCCUGUUUGCAGCCGUGGAGCUGUUCCUGCUGCUUUUCAAAGGGCUGAGCUUUCCUUACCCAAGCGGCAACAUGGCCUCCGAGGUGUGCCUGCUGGCCUUCCUGACGGUCAUCGAGAGCGUCCGCAUCAGCCUAGGCAAGCGGGGAAACCUGACGGAACGCAGCCCAUGCCUGGCCCUCUCGGUGGUGCUGACGGUGCCGGCGGUACUCGGGGCACUCUACUUCCUGCUGUGGCAGACGUACGUGCUGCGGCUGGACUGGGUUCUGGCGGCAGGGCAGGUGGUGCUGCAGGCGCUUCAGACGCUGUUAGCCGUCACCACCAUGGUGGCCACCAAGUGAAGCCCUGUGUGUUCAAUGUUCCCUUUCACCAAGCGACCACUGCACUUUCCAGGAGCAGCCUUCUCAGUCGAUCAUUUUCCGAGAUGCCAUCCACUUUUGUGCGACACAGCACCGGAUUCGUUUGCAUCUAUGAGGAACAGUGUACCUCGCAUAGUGCCAGACACGCUGUCUUGGUGCCAGAAAUUCCGUUGCUCAGAGGCGCCGAUGCUUGCUGCUCGAGCUACAUGAAAGUGAUGGCAUCCCCGAAAGUGAUUGGCCAAUAAUGUCGCUCCAAUGCUUAUACUGGUGCACGCUCCAAGAGAAAGGAAAGUUCUUCAUUCUAAAAAAAGAUAGUUUGUACCCAUUGGGACUUAUCUUGUCCGCAAACAAUAAUCGGCAUCUAUCUUGCAUGCCUUUCCUUACAUUAAUAAGGCUGCGUACGCAGCACUUCUGCGUCACUAACAGCAUGCGCGUUAUCAGUGUGACAGCAUUCUUGAGGGGAGAGUAGUGAGUGUGGAGUUUUCAGGGAAAUGCUAACUGCACAGAUGACAUUUAUCGUUUGGGGACAGGAUAGGCCCCGGAGGGUGUAAGCUUUGCUUAGAGUGUGGAGGCAGGAUGCAAAACGAGUCCUUUUCUUUUCUUUUUUUUUUUUGUGCUCAAUCAAAAACUUGUUGGUAACUUCUGACUGAUUCAUGUUGAAGCAGCAGUAUCUCAAAGAAAGAGACACAAGAAUGUGGAUAGUGCAAAUGCUUAAACCGGACAAGCUUUAUUCCUCAGGAACUCGGGCGUACAGGAUGUCUAGGCAUGCCCUAGCCAAAGAUAUAAAAUAUUGUGGUGUGCUAUAGGAGAGGACGUUGCUAGAUUAAUUAAUCAAUUUCGCAAGUCUUAUACGUUUAGAGACAAAGUUCCGGUGCGAAAAAUGGCGAGCAUUCUUGGACAACGUCCGAUUCGGUAUUAUUACUAUUCAUGCCUAUUAUGCAAUUAUGUUUUACACGUCAUAGGGAAAACCCGCAAAAUAUGAAAAUACCGCGUUUGCAUGAAGUUGUAUUGCGCUCAAGCAUGUCAUACAUGAACAAACGUGCCACACGUCAACACACAACUGUGCCACCGAAGAGAGUCACAGCGCAGUAAGGCAGGUGUUGGUGUUGAAAUUCACACCACCAGUGGUGCCAAUUGCAUGGCCAAAAGCAACAAACAUGGAUGUUUACGACGGUGAAAGCAAAAUGAAGAACCUGAAAUUGUCACAGCCCCAUCACUUUCUCUGUGGUAGUGCGCUUGCUUGAAAGCACUGAUAGUUCAUACAUUGCACGAAUGUGCACUCACGCAGUUCUGCAGAAAUGUUCUUAUUUUUCAGGCCUCCUUUAUGACAGAAAUAAAUUAUGGUGCAAUAGGUACACAUCUGAGUACUUCUGAAUCAGGCAUUUCGUAAAGGACCCCUCACCAGGCCACAUAGCAAAUUUUGGUUAUAUGCUGGAAGUUCGUACUUGCCCCCCCCCCCCCCCCCCUGGGAGUCUUCUGCCUCAAGAAUAUAUCAAAUUAGUUUAUUAAUAGCACAGAUAGAAAUAUGUGAAGUGCAGCAAACCCAUGAUUUAAGGAGGCAAGCGUCAAUGUCAUCAUAGACCCUCUCUCCACUUGCCCCGCCUAGCCUCUGCAAGCAAAAUUCACUCCCUGCAUUCUCCCAUGCCAGAGCCGGAGGUUUGCGUGACGAAUACGUCACGGGCGCCGCCUUCGUUUUCUUUCUAUUUUAUCUCUUUCGUGUUUUGAGUGGCGCACUUCCGGCGACAGUUUGAUGUGUGAAUGGUUGUGUUUAUCUCGUUUUGCACAACGGACGAUUUUUCGCGCUGUGCACGAGAACACCUGAUUAACGGUGUGAGUCAGUGCCGCAGUCACGAGCACUGAGGCAGAUGUAAGAGGAUGAAAGAGCAUGGUCGCAGCGCUGGAACACAGUAGAAAACAACAUAGUUUCGGUGUCUGCUUGCGCGAUUGCACGACGUGGGAACAAGCAGACGAAAUCGAAGUACAUCUCUCAAGCUGCAGUGUGAAGUAAAACAAGAACACACAGACGUUUGCUUUGUAUGUUUUAUUAUUUCUCUAAACAUUAAUUUUUCUACUGAAGCAACAGAUUGAACGAAUAACUGAUGUUGCCUUGAGUAAUUCUCGAAGUCACAUGUCACUAUGACUGACAUCACAGCACUACCAUAUGGUACGUAGCCGAACUUGCGCGAUUGACGUCGACUCUUCGGCUGGGAGUGCAGAACCCACAAGGAAAAGAACAAACGGUGUUUGGUUUGAAAUUCCAGCUCUUUCCGUGGCGCGUAGGGUUGUAAUAUCUAGCUGACACAAUUGUUAGCGGUCAUUGUAUGCACUGCCCUUGUCAGCUCAAGAUGGCCUGACCUUUAAAAUGUCCUAUUCAGCCAGGUAGUUUGAGGGUUGUAGCCAGAGGUGGGAUAGAAUAAGUGUACAGAGUAAGUGACAUUUUCUUUUUUUUUUUUUUCAUAAUUUAGGCUUCACUGCUUUUUGCUUUCUUGUAAUACAUGGUACUAAAUCUACGCUCGCAAUGUCAAUUUUACGUUCUUGUGUCCAUUGUCUUUCACACGUUGCUGAAUCUACAUGUCGAACCUACUAGCCCAUCAACAUGCGCUGUUAUGACAGAUUGUUUAGGAGCGUGGACAAAACACAGCAUGAAUGAACAUGCAAUAUUAUCAGUGUUGCAGAGAUAGCCACAUAGAAAAGCCAGAACUAAGGCAUUUCGUAAGCUGUACAAAUGAAAACAAAAAUUUGAACUUCUUAGAUUCAAUUCUGGAUAGAGUGGUUUUAAUACUCUUGCAGACAUGGUGCAUUUUGAACCGACACUCCCAACUGUCUUGCAAUCAGCUGUUUCCCACGAGAAUACAAUUGAUUACAAGCAUGGCUUAUUUUGGCAAAUAAUGCUAUAAAAAGGAAAGCUUGCAUCAUUUGCCCUUUUGUUUACGCCUGUUUUGUCUCAGCCAUGGAACAGUGAGUUGCCAUCGCAAAUUUGCAGGUCUUCUUUUUUUAAACAAGACUGAUAGCAAGUGAUACUACAUGACAACACAGCUAAAUACAGCAAGCGUGCAUACAGAGUGCAACUAAGUGCCUCUAUUACUCUGAGAUGUGGCAUAAAUUUAUAGGUAAGCCCUGAAAAACUUGGAGUCAUGAUGUCCUUUCCAACACACUUUCCUACAUACAAAAAUUACAAGAAAUAAGCAUGGCACUAAUAUUUACGAGAGCUGUAAGAAUGGUGAUUCAGCCAACGUGGGAGUGAUGGUACUACAGUUUACACUCAAUAAUUUGACUUUGAUUAAUUGGACUUUUCGCGUAAUUCAAAUGUACUGGGAAGUCCUGGUGAGAAACCGUACAUUGGCUAUUGAAGGAAAACCCGUUUAGUCCCAACAUGAAAGCGUGUCGUUUUGAUUAAUUCAACCCUCAUCGGCACCCCCUCAGGCGCGUGCAGCGGUUACUAAAGAGAACAAAGCCGCAAGAAAUUCGGGAGACGGUGCAACUGCUUUUGUGCCUUUUGAGGAGUUUGUCAGUUCUGAGAAACAUUUUGAAGUUUGUGAGCCACUGACCAGGAGAUGACAUUGUCAUCAGCGUAACACUCUGACGCCAAGGCAACAUUUAAAUAUGUUGGUGCUGUUCGUGGUGUACUAGUUGAGACACUUGAAGAACAAGAUGCAACAAGACGUAACAGACUACAUUCAGUAAAAGGUCUGAAUUCGCUGUUGAAUUUGGGUUGCUGGCUUGCGCUUUCGGAUAAUUCAGCCAAAUCUUUCAGUCCCGUAAGGGUCGAAUUAAUGGGAGUCAUCUCUGACCUUCUGACCUCAAACAACUUUGUGACACUGAAAACUGAUAACGAUUGACAAGACGAUGUAUUAUAGGUACAAUUUGCAAUGACUAGGCAUGCGUGCAGAGCCUUAUAGCCUUCUGAGUCUAUGAAAAUGGGAGCACUUGGAUAUCAAAGAGGGUUUGCUGUUGGGCUAGUUGGUAAAUCUUAAUUUAGAGUAGAAAGCAGCACAAAGAACUGCACAACAAAGAGGGACAGACGCCUUCUUAGCAAUUGCUGCCAGCAAAGGACAAUAAAGACAUAAUUCCUGAAGCCACAAGCAUCAAGGUUAGACAAAUCAAUGUAGUGCUAACUAUUAUUGCCAGUUUAGCUGAAUAUUUGCAGCGCCAGAGUUCUCUCUAGUAAUUCCAGCAGAAAACGUUAUGCUUGCCAGUCACCCCAUUGGCGACCCUACACAGCCUUCCUUCACAAGCAGAUGCACUUAGCCAUUGAAUGGGAAAGGCACAUGAUGUAAUGGAGCAAUAUCAAAAUUUGCAUUACAAAACUUUUCAGAGUAAUGGUGUUGCUAACUGUAGAUUGUGUGCGCGUGUCACUUGUGCUCUCUCCUGUCACGGCAAUACAGAUUUGUGACAGGAUGCCUUGAAAAGCAGUGUUCUUCAAUGGCCUCAUUAAUUCGCAUAUCUUAUGUGUGUUUUGCAAAUAAUGAGCCAAGUUUAAAAGGUCCAGUCAGCGAAAAAAAAAGAUAUGUAUAAUGCAGUAAAAGUUCUAGGAAACUCAAAAUUGUCCGCAUGGGGGCUUUUCAUGCCAUUUAUGGAGUUGCACUAGAUUGCCUUCAGUUGCUCCGGUAGCUCAGCGGUGACGUCGUUCUGCUGCCGAGUGUGAGGUUGCGGGUUCGAUUCCAGACUUCGGCGGCCUCAUUUCCCCGAGGUUGAUAUGCAAAAUGCUCAUUUACUGAGAUGUAGGUGCACCCUAAAGAACCCCAGCAGAUCAAAACUAGUCCGUAGCCAUCCACCACAGCAUGUCUCAUAGCUGCUAUGUUGCUCUGGGACACCAUGAAUCAGUCAAUUUGUAGAUCGCCUUCAAGACUGCCUCUUUUAGGACAACUUCUUUGGUUAGCUGAACAUUUUGAGGGUCUUAGUUUAGACCUACGUUAAUUCAUUGCACUGCUGUGUUUUACCAAAAACUUCAACAUUUCGUAAGACAGGACAGAUCUCUUAAAGUCCAUUAGUGCCCUUUGUGAAGGUACUUUUGAGCAGGUCAUUUAUAACAGUAAGGAACGUUUAGAAAAAUAAUUUUUCGGUUUAAUUAUUGUCUAUCGUUGCUAUGUCUGAGCUGAUUUUAUGCAUCUCAACUGCGUGACGCCCCAGGCAAUACCGGCGUCGCACUCUAUGGGGUCACACGCCGGGCAUGUGGUCCUGCCCCCAACCUAUCUGUGUUAGUAUGUGACCUUCCUAACCCCUCUCCCCUCUUUUUACCCCUCACCGACCCUGCUCAAGUGGGUGCCUCCUCCCGAAAAAAUGUCUGCCUAUGCUACUGAAUACCAGUUAUAAUUGGUAAUUACUGUAAGUGGUAUAUUGUUGUUCGAAGGCUGCAGUGUUGUGUAGUGGAGUGUGCAUUGCACGCUGUUGUGGCUACACCAUCGCAAUUCACAGGUCUAUAGAUACGUGUCUCAUCACAGAGUCACAUUGUAACGAGUGUGCAAAUUUCAGCAUGUCACCACUGAUUCCACUGGUCAUCUAUCAUGAAAGGAGACCACAAAGUGCAAAGCUAAAUGAUCAAGGACUUCUAGGGGCUGUCAUUAUGAUCUCUAAGUUCAGUGUUCAUAUAGAAAAAGAAAAUAUUGCACUAUAAUGUAAAUCUUGCAUCAUAAUAUCUAGUCAUGCCUUUUUACUUGUUUAUAUAACUUGAUGUGAUAUUUACUUCAUAUUUUUUAUAUUAUAUAUAGGUGAAUUGGCCUUUGUCACCGAAGGCUUAUGUGUUUGUGAUGUCGGUCUGUUCAUACUCUUGUAGGCAUUUCUUAUUUAUUUUUGUUAGUUUAUUGCCUCAGAAUUUUGUGUCCUUUGUUAGGAACCUGUGAGCUUUAAAACUGCUUCUUGCACUUACCUGGGAAAUGGAAAGAGUGUACAAAGUGCUUAUUCACAUAAAAUUGUAUGUAUGAGUUUUAAAAUAAAAAGAUAUUUACUA